AUGGGAAGAUCAGGUCGCAGUGAGAAGAAAAAGAAACAAAACAACAAUAGCAAUAGCAAUAUGGUGGGGUUAGGAGUAGGGGUGAAGAAAGGGCCAUGGACACCUGAAGAAGACCGAAAGCUACUGUCCUACAUUCAACAAUAUGGCCACGGAAGUUGGCGCUCUUUGCCUGCUAAAGCUGGGCUUAAGAGAUGUGGAAAGAGUUGCCGGUUGAGAUGGACAAACUAUCUAAGGCCAGAUAUCAAGAGAGGAAAGUUCAGUCUGGAAGAAGAAAGGACCAUUAUUCAACUUCAUGCUCUUCUAGGCAACAGAUGGUCAACCAUUGCUGCUCAUUUGCCAAGAAGGACUGAUAACGAAAUCAAGAACCACUGGAACUCACACAUCAAAAAGCGGAUGACUAAAAUGGGUAUUGAUCCAAUGACCCACAAACCAAAGAGUGGAACUCAGCUGCUGGGCUCCAACCUGAACCACAUGGCUCAAUGGGAGGCUGCUAGGCUUGAAGCAGAAGCGAGGCUUGUUCAGAAGCCCAAGUACUAUCCAAACCCACCACCCUAUCUCAUUUCACCUUCUUCUACUCAGGAGCUCCACAAAGCACCCACCAUGGUUCCACCACCAUAUCUACCAUGCCUUGAUGUGCUAAAAGUAUGGCAAGGAACCUUAUGGUCAAACUACUCUAUCAACAACGAGAGUCUCCAAUCACUCAUCUCCACCUCAAAUGUCUCUGAAAAUAUUUCCCUCGUCACACCUACGACCAUGACAGAAAUAAGCCACGUCGAAAGCAAGAGUUCAUGUGAUCAAGGGGUGACCACAAAACAUAACGAUCAAGUCAAAACCCAAAUGGGACCGUUUGAGGAAUUCGAGUACCCUAAUGAUGCAACUUUCAUCGGUGCCGAUCCUCUAAGAUCCCCUGAUUUCUGGGAAGAAUUCGUUGACCUUCUGGAUGGUGGUUGGAAUAGUCUAACUAGUAACUUAGCCAUGAUCGCCUCUCCACCUGCUUCCCCAGUUUUCUAAUAAAUCGUCUAGACUGCCUUUUAAUCGGUACUAAUGAUAGAAACUGAGUUCAAUUUCUUGCUUC